CUUAGAUGCACUGGCGCUUUUGUUUUGAAAAACAAAACCGGAAGUCCCUUUCUAGGUAAUGCUAUUGGACCUAGCUAUGGACCGACCCGUGGUAACAACAUGGAGGCCACCGAGAGCAUGUGACACCUACUGGAGUGAGUUCUGGCACUGCAAAAGUCUUGUGAAUCGCUUCCACCAUUAUUACACUUACGGCACCACCCCAUCAUGCCAUCAGUGGAAAGAGGACUACUAUAAUUGCAGAGAGUGGGAAAAAUCUAGAAGCACAGAGACUAAGGAAGCAUUGCAGAGAAGUGAAAGAAAGCGGGUGGCAGAGCAAAAAAACUUUGACCCAGUGUGGGAACUGAGGUGUGAGCCUCCAAAAGACUGGAAUUUGCCUCUGAACCAGGACAACACAGAAGACUCCUAAAAGGACCUCUUUGACUUUUGUGUAUUUAAUUUUUAAUGGACACGAGAUGUAGUGGAGCUGCAAACACUCACUGUUGAUUAGGGGGAAAAUGUUAGUCGACCAUAAAGAGAAUAAUGUUUUGUGAAGCAGACCGACAAAUUCAACAGGAUUUUUCUGAAAAAUACAGAAUCACUGCUUUAAUAGAAUGAUUGGGGGAGAAAUGGUUUGAUUUUAAUAUCAUUGGAUUGAAAAUACUUAUUAAAGUGAACAAUAGAUUUGUUUUA